GAAGAGAUAUACCUAGACUAUAGACAGACCCUGGUUCUUUCUAGUUCCUUCGCCGAAGUCUCAACGAACUCACAGUAUAUUCCUAACUAACAAAAGACGCUGAAUACAAUACAAUACAAUACAAUAGAGUAUUCAUUCAAUUUCGUGCAAAAUCAACAAAAUGGAAUCGAAUAUCAACAACAAUCGAGAGCAAAUCGUAGACGUUGGAUCAGUGGUUGAAGCUGUUUCUGCUGACGCCGGCGAUGCACCGCUUUACACCCUCGAAUCCCUCUGCAUGCGUUGUCAUCAAAAUGGAACUACAAGGUUUUUAUUUACUAUAAUUCCGAACUUCAGGAAGAUUUUGUUGUCGGCUUUUGAAUGUCCUCAUUGUGGCGAGAGGAACAAUGAAGUGCAGUUUGCUGGUGAAAUUCAACCACGCGGUUGUUGUUACUCGCUAGAGAUCCCAGCGGGUGAACAGAAGAUGCUCAAUCGCCAAGUGGUAAAAUCAGAAUCUGCUACCAUUAAGAUACCUGAACUCGAUUUUGAAAUUCCACCGGAGGCACAACGUGGUAUUCUCUCAACGGUAGAAGGGAUACUAACGCGAGCUGCCGAUGAACUUCAAGCUCUACAAGAGGAACGCAGGAAAGUAGCUCCAGAGACGGCUGAUGCGAUUGAUCAGUUCUUGGUGAAGUUGCAAGCCUGUGCAACAUCAGAAUUGUCCUUCACGUUUUUUAUUGAUGAUCCUGCUGGAAAUAGUUUCAUUGAAAAUCCGUUUGCACCGUCAUCUGAUCCAUCACUGACGAUAAAGUAUUAUGAGCGAACUCCUGAGCAACAAGCACUAUUGGGGUACACACAGACUGAAGGAACUCGUGAUGCAGCACCAGAAGGUGGAGAAGCUGUGGCUUCGAGGAGAACAAGGAGACAACCGCAUGGGUCAGUUGGGGCAGCAGCCGGUCAGCGAGCCAUUGCACAGAGUAAUAGUGCAGAAAUUGCAGAUGCCUUAUUUCGAUAUAGUGCACCAGAAGAGGUGAUGACUUUCCCGUCUACCUGUGGAACUUGUGCCGCCAAGUGUGAAACUCGAAUGUUUGUCACCAAUAUUCCAUAUUUUCAAGAAGUAAUUGUUAUGGCAUCUACAUGUGAUGCUUGUGGUUACCGCAACUCUGAGGUGAAACCAGGUGGACGGAUUCCUGAAAAGGGAAAAAAGAUUACUCUUCAUGUGAAAAAUGUUAAGGACCUGAGCCGGGAUGUGAUUAAGUCUGAUACUGCAAGUGUAAUGGUUCCUGAACUUGACUUGGAGUUGGCCAGCGGCACUCUGGGAGGACUUGUUACAACUAUUGAAGGUUUGAUUACAAAUAUCAGUGGAAGCCUUGAAAAGGUCCAUGGGUAUAGUUUUGGAGAUAGUCUUGAGGACCACAGAAAAAGCAAGUGGCUAGACUUUCAAACAAGGCUAAACAAGCUUCUUAGCUUGGAUGAAGCCUGGACUCUAAUUCUUGAUGAUGCAUUGGCUAAUUCUUUUGUAGCACCUGUAACUGAUGAUCUCAAAGACGACCAUCAAUUAACAUUUGAGGAGUAUGAGAGAUCAUGGGAGCAAAAUGAAGAACUGGGACUGAAUGAUAUGGACACCUCUUCUGCGGAUGCUGCAUAUGAAUCAACAAACACUACUAAUACUGUGUGAACAUCAUCUAUAACUCUUCUUUCCUCUCUUCUAAAACAAGGAGGGAAAAAACAUAAUGAAGGAUGAAAAAUUUUGUGCUUUUAAUAGCUAGGAAACAUAGAAAGUAAGGAAAUGCUAGUUGUCUUUUUUAAUGGCUUAUUUGAUCUGCUGUUAUAUCAAGGUGACGAUUAACUUUUGUCAUCAUUUCUUUCUUAUUUUAUGAUAAGAUUUGAUAACUUGUGUAAUCCUUCUUGAGAUAGUUAUAUUAUGUCUCGAAAA